AAGCCUAAUAAGCUUAUUCUUAUUAUAUUUAUUAGUUCAGCUAAAGCGGAGUUAAAGUCGAGAUUAUUUUUUGAUGAAGGUCCACAUCCAUUGACAACUGCGGGUAUUACCAAUCGUUUCAAUAAAGGAUAUUAUAAUUAUAAUGAUAUCUUGAAUCUUCGUAAUCUCUUUCGUGCUCGCGUUGAACAACUCGAAGUUUUCAUUAAAGAAAAUGGGCUAGAUCCACCUAACCCGGAUUGCUGA